GAAUACCAAGCGGACCAGAGGCCACUCCAAAAGCAGGAAGUGGACUACAGGGCAGGGCAAUCUGGUUUGCGUGUGGUUGUUUGUGUCUGAACGUGCCUUCAUGUGAGACGUGAGUAAGCCGGAUCUUCUGCACCUGGGACCUUAUUUCCAGUCUCCACGGGAGGAAGCAGCAUCACUGACGCUCAGACCCUGAGAAGUCGAAUCGGUUUGUUGGCACUUCAGGUUGGUAGCAGGGUCUCCAAAGCAGAACCUCUUCAGGUGUCUAGCACCAUGGGCUCCAGUUCCUCGUCUUUCCCUCCCAGAAACAUUUACCUGGAUGUUGAUGGGAAGGUGCAAAAGGUGGUUUUCAGUCGGCACUGUAAUCCAGGCGACAUCAAGGAACUUCUGUGUUCCUCAUCCAACCUUCCCAGGAACGCUCCCAUCAAGGUGAUAAAUCCAGAAGGUGCCAUGAUCUCCAUUGACGCCACGAUGCCCACCAACUCUCCAACCUUUCUGUACAAAGUUGUCCCGCUGCCUACCGGUCAGCCAGAAGCAGAGAGAGAGGACAUGUUUCAGAGUGUGCUGUCUCACGUGGCUGAGCAGUUCACCAGAGCCUUUCGCAUCAAUGAGCUGAAGACCGAGGUCAACAACAGGCUGGCAGCAUUGGAGAAGAGAGUGGAAAUGGAGGGCUUGAAAGUAGUCGAAAUAGAAAAGUGUAAAAAUGAUCUGAGGAAACUUCGAGACGAAGUGACUUCAACAUCUGGAAGCAGGAUAAACUGUUCAUGCAAAUACAACUUCUCAGAUGAUGGGAAGAAGGUCACGCCCAGACGAGAUGUCCCCACAUACCCAAAGUACACGCUAUCUCAGGAGACCAUCGAUGCACUGAAGAAGCCAACGUUUGAUGUUUGGCACUGGGAGCACAAUGAGAUGCUGAGUUGUCUGGAGUUCAUGUACCAUGACUUGGGACUAGUGAAGGAAUUUAACAUGAAUCCCAUCACACUGAAGCGCUGGCUGCUGGCAAUUCAGGAAAAUUAUCGCAACAAUCCCUUCCACAACUUCCGUCACUGCUUCUGUGUUAGUCAGAUGAUGUAUGGCAUGAUUCACCUCUGCAACCUGCAGGGGAAGCUAACGCUCACAGAUUUGGGAAUUCUAAUGACAGCUGCCGUGUGUCACGACCUGGACCACCCUGGCUACAACAACACGUACCAAAUCAACGCUCGCACAGAGCUGGCAGUGCGUUACAACGACAUCUCCCCGCUGGAGAACCACCAUUGUGCUGUGGCCUUUCAGAUCCUUUCCCUUCCUGAGUGCAACAUCUUCGCUAAUGUGGAUCCUGAGGCAUUCAAGAAGAUCCGACAGGCAAUUAUCACCCUUAUUCUGGCCACUGACAUGGCGAGGCACGGAGAGAUUCUUGAUGGCUUCAAGCAGAACCUGGACAACUUUGAUUUUAACAACGAGGAGCAUGUAACAUGCCUGAAGAAGCUGUUGAUCAAGUGCUGCGAUAUUUCCAAUGAAGUGAGGCCAACUGAGGUGGCUGAGCCGUGGGUGGACUGCUUACUGGAAGAGUACUUCAUGCAGAGUGACCGGGAGAAGUCUGAGGGUCUUCCAGUAGCUCCCUUCAUGGAUAGAGACAAAGUUACCAAACCCACCGCUCAGAUUGGCUUCAUCAAGUUUGUCCUCAUCCCCAUGUUUGAGACAGUCAUGAAGCUUUUCCCUCAGAUCGAAGAAAUCAUGGUUCAGCCUUUAAGAGACUCUCGAGACCACUACGAGGAGCUGAAGCAGCUUGAAGACUCAAUGUCACAGGAGUCUUCUUUCAUGAGCCGAUUGAGGAAAGACUUGAAAAGUGAGUGAGGCCCUGGUGAAGACAUCCAGCGCUGCAUUCUGAAGAUGACAGCUGAAGCAGGGGGGCGAGAUAAAAGCGAGGCAGCCCCACAAAAUGCUGAACUAAAAUUAGACAAUCCAUAUCUUGAACUUUAACAGUGGACGAUGAAAGAAGGUAUUGACCUUCCGUGCAUAUUUAUGGUGUGAAAGCAUUGCUCUCUUUAUAUUUGCAUUUUGUAGUGAUAGAGUCAGUGGAAUGGCUUUCUCUACACAAAAAGUAAUUUUUUUAACUUAUUGUAUGUUUUCACACUCUGUAGACUUGGUGAGUUUGCCUAGUUGACCAAAGGUUUAGCCAUUUUUUAUUAAAUACAAUGGACCAAAGUGGCAUCUUUUGGAUUG